ACAUUAAUUAUUCAUACCAUUGGGCAGGGCACAUUUGCAAAUAAAUGCAAGUUCUCGAUGUGUGUAGCCUACGCUAGGCCACCUCGUCGUCUCCACGAUGUCGUGACUAUAGUGGAAAGAGAAGGCCAGCCAGUGAACAUGGGUAACAUUUUUGGCAACCUUUUGAAGAGCCUUAUUGGAAAGAAGGAGAUGAGGAUUCUGAUGGUUGGCCUGGACGCAGCUGGGAAAACAACAAUAUUAUACAAACUCAAGCUGGGCGAAAUUGUGACGACCAUUCCUACCAUCGGGUUUAAUGUGGAAACGGUGGAGUACAAAAACAUCAGCUUCACAGUGUGGGAUGUUGGUGGCCAGGACAAGAUCAGACCUUUAUGGAGGCACUACUUCCAGAACACACAGGGUCUGAUUUUCGUGGUGGACAGUAACGACCGCGAGCGGGUGAACGAGGCCCGUGAGGAGUUAAUGCGAAUGUUGGCAGAGGACGAGCUGCGGGAUGCUGUGCUUCUGAUCUUCGCCAACAAACAGGACCUGCCCAAUGCCAUGAAUGCCGCUGAGAUCACUGACAAGCUGGGCCUUCACUCGUUGCGCCACCGCAACUGGUACAUCCAGGCCACGUGUGCCACUAGCGGCGACGGGCUGUACGAGGGCCUGGACUGGCUGUCGAACCAGCUCAAGAACAAGAAGUGAGGCAGCCAGCCGGCCAGGCUGAGGGGUGCGGUGAGGAGACACCUGAGCUGGAACUUCAGCAGAGAAGCAGUACUGGUGGGCAGUUUCCUUCACUCUGUUGGCAGGGUGAGAUGGGGGCGAGGCCAUAGCAGAGUUUAAACUGACCCUCUCCACCUCACUCUCAACCUCCUCCUCUCCUUUUUGUGCUAAACUCAGUAGACAUCAUUAUCUCACUUGAGAUCUUGUGCAAAGGAGUUGUUAUGACAGUGAGAUAUUUUUGUGAUGUUUGUGAUGCUUACCUUUGUACAGAGUUUGAAUCUGAGAAGCCAGGCUUUUAUUCGUGUACUGUUACGCGAUUCUGAACACAUUUUUUUUUUGCAUUAAUUGAGGACAUUUUUAGAUCAACUACCAACUUGUUUGGAAAGUUCUAGUGGACUGUAAAUAACUAAGGAAAGAAAGUACAUUAGCAGCAGUUUCAUCAAUCAGUCUUUUUGUCUCACCACAACCAAUUAGUCAUUGUUGUCUGCACUUCUGACUCUUUCCUGUUUGUGGCACAUGGUUAAAUACAUGCUGACUUUAACUUGUGUCUCACUGCAUUUUAUUAGAUUGUUUCCUUUCAAAAGACUUGUCAGUGACUCCACCAAAUUCUAAAAUACCAUUGCUGAGGGGUUGGUAGGAGAUGAGUUGUGGUCUAAGAUAUUCCCCAAAUGUUGUACAACAUCCUUGCAAUUUUUUGUUAUUGCUGUGUGUUAGGAAUUUUGUUAUGUAUACUGCUCUUGUUCGUCUGCUUUGAAAAUGUGAGGAUAAAUAUUGGCAGUGGGAAUCAUGGUAGAUGUAGAUGUGCAUUGUCUUGUAUCGGAGAGAUUGAUGGUUCAAUACACAUUUUGAUUUUGAUAAAUCCACAGAUGACCUACUUUAAGGACAGUAUACCACUCAUUCGAUCUAGAAACAAUUUGAUCCAAACAGCAUCAUUAACAAAGUUGUGAUAAACACAGCCAACCAUUCCCAAGCUUUGGGCAUGGCAUCCACCUUUUGCAUUCAUAUGAUGAGGGUUAUACGAGGCCUUAAGUCAAGUAUUAAGAUGCAAGUUAAGUGAUGGCUUUUUACCCAAGCACUGUCUGACUCUCUGCUCAUGUUGCUUGGGAUCUAGAGUGUUGAAAUAUCAUUACACUGCCUAUGCGAUGGCAUAUUCACUCAAAAGUAUAGAUAUUUCAUUUUUGCAGUUGAGUUGCAGUAUGUACUACUUAUCACACAAGGAUGUAUUUUUUUUAUUUACAUACUUUACUUUGCUCUCCUUGAAAUGUAUGUAUUUAAACAGGUAUUUAUGAUUUACUUGUGUCGAGUAGUACACUACUCGACUAUUGGGCCCUCACCAAUUCCUUCAGAAUAUAAUGUACAUAUAUUAUGUAUAUGUACCAUACUGAAAUCUUCAUGUAAAUGAUUCCUUGUGAGUAUUUAUUGUUCUCAUACUUGAGGUCAGUUGAAUAUUAAAGAUUCAGAAAAGAAUAAAAAAAAAAAUCACUUGAGUAUGACUAUCCUUAGGUUCUACCAAUUACUGAUCGUUUCUAUCUAUUGAUGUUUCGUGCUACUCCUUCCAUGGUUUUACAGUGAUGUGCAACCAAUUGACUAUGUUCUUCAUUCAGACUUUCUCUCUUGCUAUACGCACUGAACGAAGUGUAUGUUGUGUUUAUUUCUUGGGAAUUGGCAAUGGCAGGGGCACUAUUACUAUAAUGUCACUCCUUGCGAACAUUCCUGAGAUUACUAGCAUGGAAACAUUAGAGUAGGGACAUUUUUUUCUUUUACUUCUAGACUUUACAGACUGCCACUCAUGCUGUGUUGUUGUAAUGUCUGUUAUUUAGAAGAUUGAUAAGACUGAUUUUACACUCACACACAUAGACUUAUGAUUUACUCAACUGGCAACUGUGAUGGUCAGCCAUUAUGAUGUUGAGUUGUGGUGUGUUCAACAUGUAGGAGGUGAUCAUGUCUUCCUGUGCAGGGCAUACUAAGAGAACACUGACACUCUUUAUAUCACAUUACAUCUUGAGAAGUGUGCUUGUCAUUGUUGUGGUUGUUCAUUGAUACGUUUAAAGUUAUAUCAAAAUUGCAGGGUAUUGAUUUGUGAAUGCAAAUACUACUGAAAUGAUAAUAUUGUUUAUUAAAUACAAAUGUAUAAUAAUCCUAUGAGAAGUAGGUGUUUGAAUGAGACAAAGUGGUACUCUGUUUUCUCUCUCCAGAGAUUUGUAGAUUCAAAAUAAUAUUUAGACUAAUGUUAAAGAUGACAUAUGUUUGACUCAGUAACUUUUACCAAUACCAAAAUGUAAUGAACUUCAAAGAAUUAUAAUUUUAACUUACUGUGCACCAAAUAAAGAUUUUAUGUAUGAACAAUGA